AUGGAUUGGCAAGGACAGAAAUUGGCGGAGCUGUUAAUGCAGAUCCUGCUAUUGAUCGCUGCCGUCGUAUCGUUCGUUGUUGGAUACGCAACUGCGUCGUUUAGGACGAUGAUGUUGAUUUACGCCGGAGGAGUUGUCCUCACGACUCUGAUCACCGUACCGAAUUGGCCUUUCUUCAAUCGCCAUCCUCUCAAAUGGCUGGAUCCAAGUGAAGCCGAGAAGCAUCCUAAACCGGAAGUCGUCCUUAGCUCGAAGAAGAAAUCCUCUAAAAAGUAG